AUGCCUUUCCCGUUUAUCCUCCCGACAACAUCAUCCUUCUCGUUUUCAGCUUACUUCGAUAGCAUCUCUCAUCCCUCACUUCCACUCGCAGCAAGCACCCACCGAGGAGUGUUGAGAGACACGCUCAAGAAACACAAGCGACUUUCCCCAUCGGACCAAACGCCACAUCUAUCAUCCGUUCUUUUGGCUCUGAGUAACUACAUUCCAUACUUACUAGCCAUCGACAACGGCCUCGGAAGCCAAUUAGUAGACGGUGAAGAGCUAGACGUUGUCCUUAAGUCAACACCAGCUCUAGAAUGGCGACCCACCCUGUCGGAGAAUGCAGUCCCGGGAAAACAAAGCGCAAGAGUGAAAAUCACAUCGCUAGAAUACGAGAUAUACUUCGUUCUCCAAACACUAGGAUAUACCUACACGCUCUUAUCUCGAGCAGCGCUCCACCCCCUCUACUCCUCAGCAACCGCCUCCCCAACACUCGAACAGCGCACCCUCGCCAUCACAUCCGCCACUAAGAAUCUGCUCGAGGCAGCUUCAAUACACGAAUAUAUCCCCAAACGCUCCGACCAAAUCUCCUCGGCUCCUCCCUGCGUGGAUAUCGCAGAAUCAACAAUGACUGCGCUCGGCUCUCUCGCCUUAGCCGAAGCCACCCUCAUGGCAGUGUUGAAAGACGAUACGUACCCCGCGAUCGUAGCGCAGAACAGGAAUCAGAAUGACAAAGAAUGGAUGAUUCGCGCGCCUGAUAUUCCAAAAUUAAGAGUCCAUCUCUUUGCGCGCAUGUGUCUAGCAGCUUCCGAACACGCUGCCAGGGCAUUAUCUUUGCUGAAUACAAGUGCUAAUACAGGCCGUGGAAAGAUCGAUGCGGAUCUACUAAAGUACGUGGAAGAUCUCAAGCGGACAGCUCGGGCGAAAGCGUGUAGGUUUUUCGGCAUCGAUGCUGAUAUUGGCGGGAAAACCGGAGAGGCGAUUGCCUGGCUCAAAGCGGGUAUGAAUGAGCUGGGAAUUGCGCCAAAGGAUGAAGGCAAAGGGCGACUGGGGUUUGGGCGAAUGAAGAAGGGGUGGGAGGAGAAGAGGGAGGAUCGGAGGGUUGAGAAAGAAGGGCUGUGGGGUGCCGACGCUGGACGGGCAGAGGAGGGACGGGUGUUGGAGAUGUUGGAAGGGAAGUGGAUCAAGAUGAACGACACCAUCAACACCCAGCCCAUCCCGCCCACAGGCCCGCUCCUAGCCUCCAUGCCCUCUGGUCGCGAGAUCCACAGCCUGAAACCCUGGAUACCACCCGUCCUCGAUACAUCCAUCCUGGAGAACAUGAGAGCGCCGCCUGACCGCGUAGACGACUAUGACAGCGACAGGAGUUCUGAGGAUGAAAGCGCCAGGCAGGAACCUGUUGGAGCAUUUCCGGGCACGAGAGGAGAUUAUGCAAGGAGUGGUAGCUAUUACUGA